CGCUCCUGGGGCUGCGGCUGCUCUUCGCGUCUGAGAGCAAGAUGGCGGACCGGCUCACGCAGCUGCAGGACGCGGUAAACUCGCUUGCAGAUCAGUUCUGUAAUGCCAUUGGGGUGUUGCAGCAGUGUGGUCCCCCUGCCUCCUUCAGUAACAUUCAGACAGCAAUUAAUAAAGACCAGCCGGCUAACCCAACAGAAGAAUAUGCCCAGCUUUUUGCAGCACUGAUUGCAAGAACAGCAAAAGAUAUUGAUGUUUUGAUAGAUUCCUUACCUAGUGAAGAGUCUACAGCUGCUUUACAGGCUGCCAGCUUAUAUAAGCUGGAAGAGGAAAACCACGAAGCCGCUACUUGUUUAGAGGAUGUCGUGUAUCGCGGAGACUUGCUUCUGGAGAAGAUCCAGAGUGCACUUGCUGACAUUGCCCAGUCCCAGCUGAAAACAAGAAGUGGGAUCCACAGCCAGUCUCUCUCAGACUCGUAGCUCAGUGCUACAGAAAGAACUGUUGGGCUCCAUGGAGAGCUCUGUAUCAGAUUUAGACGUAAGCCUUCCUCACAGCGGACUGUACCUUGUCCUGUGUUCCUUUAAACUGUUUUUUGAUUGUUUUCUCUUUUCACACUUUAUAAAUAAGCUUUACAAUUACAGGUACAGCAUCUUUAACCAUCAUUAUGCCAUCAUUUUUAUGACUGAAAUUGUCAAGACAGAUACUGCAUUACCGUUCAUUAUAUAAUUAAACAG